AUGAUGUUCGGUAAUCCUCACUUGACUGUGUUCAUUAUCCUAACUCUUGUUUACCCGCUGACCUUGCUUGGUACUUCCAUUCACCAGUUCAUUGCUCAAGCGGAAAAUCCAACUUUUUACCAGUUGCAACAAUAUCAAGGUACGGCUAUAACUCCGGUGACGUUCAAAAUAUACCAAGAUUUAUACACAUAUGCACACUUGAUUGAUAUCUCGUACUGCGUAUCCAAUACCAAUCAGAUUUCUGAGCCCUUUGAGUGCGACCUUGGCUGUUCCAAGGCCUUCCCCAACAUUACUCUAUUGUACCAAUGGUUCUUCGAUGAUACAGUUGCUGGCUAUAUCGCACUAUCAGAUCACCCCUCCGAAAUUAACGACACAAGUGCCACUUUGCCUGGGAAGACGUUAAUUGUAUCAUUGCGAGGGACCAGGUCUGCCCCGGAUACCUAUACCGACCUCAGAGUGGAGAUGACUUCCUACACGAAUCUAAAUAAGCACUUACCCAGUUGUGGACCCAAUUGCAGAGUGCACCGGGGAUUUUUCAAUAACUACUUGAGUACAUUAAACAAGAUCAAUCCUGUGAUUGAAAAAGCAAUUGAAGAAUACGAUAACGAAGGGGACUUACAAAUCUUAAUCAUGGGUCAUUCAUUAGGUGGUGCAGUUGCGUUAUUGCUUGCACUUCAUUAUCUUGAUUCGUUGGGCAAUUCUAAUAAGUUAAAGCUAGUUACAAUGGGGCAACCACUAGUUGGAAAUAAACAAUUCACAAACUGGGCAGAUAUGCAGCUCCAGUCGUUCAGUCCAAUCGAAGAAAGAAAAUUUUGGAGAGUAAUACAUAAGGGUGAUGUGGUGGCUACUUUGCCGAACAAGAAGUUAUCAAUUAUUCGGCAAGAAGUGGCACUAGAGGAAGAAAUUGCAGGCAUUUUCCCUCCCUUUAUUAAUCCACCACCCCCAAUUGAUUUACAACCAGAUUUUUAUCAACAAUUCGAUAACCAAAUAUAUAUUAAUUGCUCAUCUCACAAUUAUAAUCCUAUCCAAUCUGAAGUGGUCGAUUGUUGGACUGCGACCAACAAAAAAUGCAUACAAGGAGACUUCCCUCCAUUAUCAGAACGGAAGGGACCCCAAGAUAAAGUAGUUUCAUACGAUUCUCAUCUAGCAUAUUUCAGAAAAAUGGGGUUUUGUGGAGUUAGAAUCUAA